GCCUUCACUGGUGGAGUCGAUCAAGACGGUUUCUUGGAGUUGCUAGAGAUGGGCUGGGACAGUGGACACAAUGAGCCUAACGGCACAGAAGGAAAGAACUUCUACAUCCCCAUGUCCAACAGGACUGGGAUUGUACGAAGCCCCUUCGAAUACCAGCAGUACUAUCUUGCCGAUCCCAUCAUGUUCAAGAUGUUGGCUGUCUACAUGUUCUUCCUGAUCUGCACCGGAACCCCCAUCAACGCUCUCACGUUGCUGGUCACCUUCCAGAACAAGAAGCUCCAACAACCCCUGAACUUCAUCCUGGUCAACCUGGCUGUGGCUGGUCUCAUCAUGUGCUGCUUCGGCUUCACCAUCACCAUCACAUCUGCCAUCAACGGCUACUUCAUCCUGGGCGCGACCGCGUGCGCCGUGGAGGGAUUCAUGGCUACGCUAGGAGGUGAAGUAGCUCUGUGGUCCCUGGUGGUCCUGGCUGUGGAGAGAUACAUUGUGGUCUGCAAACCCAUGGGAAGCUUCAAGUUCACCAACACCCACGCCGGUGCCGGAGUUGCUUUCACCUGGAUCAUGGCUUUCGCUUGCGCCGGCCCACCGCUGUUCGGAUGGUCCAGGUACCUCCCAGAGGGCAUGCAGUGCUCCUGUGGACCAGACUACUACACCCUGGCUGAAGGCUACAACAACGAGUCAUACGUCAUCUACAUGUUUACUGUCCACUUCCUCGUUCCAGUCUUCCUCAUCUGCUUCACCUACGGAAGCCUUGUGCUGACCGUCAAAGCUGCUGCAGCCCAGCAGCAGGAGUCCGCCUCCACCCAGAAGGCUGAGAAGGAAGUGACCCGCAUGUGCAUCCUGAUGGUCCUAGGCUUCAUGGUGGCAUGGACCCCGUAUGCCACCCUGACCGCCAUUAUCUUCUUCAACAAGGGCAUGAGUUUCACUGCCAUCGGCAUGGCCGUCCCUGCCUUCUUUGCAAAGAGCUCAGCGCUGUACAACCCCGUCAUCUAUGUGCUGUUCAACAAGCAGUUCCGUAACUGCAUGCUCAGCACCAUUGGAAUGGGAAGCGCCGUGGAUGAUGAGUCCUCAGUGUCUGGCAGCAAGACAGAAGUCUCCAGUGUGUCCACAGCCUCGUAAAGAUAACCUGAAAAGAGUGUGCUUUUCUGGUUUGUGGUUUCUGAAUGCAAAGACAUUUUUACAAUCUCUGGACAUUCUUCUCCGUGCUACUUCGGCUGGAAUUACUCUUUCCAUGGGUUGAACCGAACUCAUCAUAUCUGAGGAAAAAACACCUAAUAGCAUCCAUUCACUCCAAUGUGACCCAAGAGAACAGUCUGGACCGCAUCAGCUGUUCAUUGCGAUCGAUGUGUGUGUGUGUGUGUGUGUGUGUGUGUGUUGGGGGGGGGGGGGGGGGGGGGUGUGCGUGGGUGUGUGCGUGUGUGUGUGGUCAAGCUCAGACUCGGCCGCAGGUCAGGGAGUCAUUCACCUACAUUAGGCCAUCAUGGCAGGAAAUGGCAUUUCCUGAAAGAUGGUUUUCUGAGAUCUAAGCACAAUGUCUUGGUGUUCUCUAGAAGAAAGUAUUUUCAAGUUGACGGGAACACACAUCAAUACUGUUAAUAUCAAUACUGUACGCUUUCAGGAACAAACAAAUGUAUAUUUUUUGGUGGAAAGUACGACAAUUAUUCCAUGGAUGUUGUCAUCUUGUAUUUUAUAAUUGACUAAUACACUUAGACAUAGGUAUAUGAAUAAAUGUAUGCUGCAUAUGA